UGUGACGUGUGACUUGAGUUGCGUUGUUUUCUGUUUGAAAUGGAAUAAAGUUAAAGAACACGUGGUGUUCUUCUUGAAAAAUCAAACUAAACAGUAAAAUAAUCGGUUGAAAUGACAAAAUUAUACAUCUUAUUCGAGCAUGCAGCUGGCUAUGGUGUGUUUCGAGUGGAGGAAUUUGAAGAAAUUGGCAUGUUGCUUCCCCAACUAGAGUCAGCUGCACAUGACCUCAGUCGAUUCAACAGCAUAGUGAAACUAAUUGGUUUUUCCCCCUUCAAGUCUGCUAUAACAGCAUUAGAAAAUAUCAAUGCUGUUUCAGAGGGUAUAUUACCUGAAGAAUUGCAAAAUUUCUUGGACAUUACCAUCCCAAAAGGUGGAAAGAAAGACAAAAUCACACUGGGUGUGAGUGAUCCAAAAUUAUCAGCUGCAGUAACAGAAGCCUUAGGCAUUUCUUGCAGCCAUGUUGGUGCUGUUCCUGAAAUUAUUAGAGGAAUUCGUCAUCAUUUCCAUAACCUUGUGAAAGGUUUCACUUUAAAAAGCUCUGGUGUUGCUCAGUUGGGUUUGGGACAUUCAUAUUCUCGUGCCAAGAUAAAGUUCAAUGUUCACAGAGUGGAUAAUAUGAUUAUACAAUCUAUAGCUCUAUUGGAUCAAUUGGACAAAGAUGUGAAUACCUUCUCAAUGAGAAUACGUGAGUGGUAUUCCUACCAUUUCCCAGAACUUGUCAAGAUAGUACCAGAAAAUUACACUUUUGCAAGGUUGGCAAAAUUCAUCAGAAAUCGAAAAGAGCUUUCAGAUGAAUCACUAGAAGGACUCGAAGAAAUCACAAUGGAUUCUGGCAAAGCACAGGCAAUUCUGGAUGCAUCAAAAUCAAGUAUGGGAAUGGACAUCAGUGAUAUUGACUUGCUAAACAUUGAAAUGUUUGCUACUAGAGUAUUAUCACUGGCAGAUUAUAGGAAACAACUAGCGGAAUAUUUGAGGUCAAAGAUGUCUGACGUUGCUCCAAAUUUGGCCACUUUGAUUGGAGAUCAGGUUGGUGCAAGACUAAUUGCACAUGCUGGGUCCUUGACAAAUCUAGCCAAGUAUCCUGCAUCCACUGUGCAAAUUUUGGGAGCUGAAAAAGCUUUGUUCAGAGCUUUGAAAACUAAAGGAAAUACUCCCAAAUAUGGACUCAUCUUCCACUCAACUUUCAUUGGACGUGCGGGUGCCAAAAACAAGGGUAGAAUUUCGAGGUAUCUCGCUAAUAAGUGUUCUAUAGCAUCAAGAAUAGAUUGUUUUGCGGAGGCUCCUUCCCAAAUUUUCGGAGAAAAGCUACGACAGCAAGUUGAAGACAGGCUGAAGUUCUAUGAAACCGGUGAUAUUCCAAAGAAAAACGUUGAAGUAAUGAAGGAAGCAAUCGAGGAAUAUGAGCAACAGGUGUCUCAAGCAAAAUCUAAGAAGAAGAAAAAGAAAAGGAAAGCAUCAGAAGCCCUUGAUGAUACAAAUGGUGCUGAUGGAAUGGUAGAAACUAAUGGUGACCAAAGUUUGGAGCCACCUAAGAAGAAGAAAAAAAAGAAGUCUCUUUCUUUGAAUGACUCUUCUGUAUCAUUGAAUGAUACUGUGGAAGCUAAUGGAGGAGCAGAGGUUGAUUCUGAGUCUCCAAAAAAGAAGAAAAAGAAGAAGAAUAAGGAUGCAAUUGCAUAAUAAUUUUUGGCAAUCCCUUAUUAUAAUCAUUUAUUUUAUCUUCAAAUAUUCAAUACAAUUUGUAUUGAGUCUUUCAUGUUUAGUGUCUCAUUUUUAAAAACAUACCUCAAAUAGUUGGAAACAGUUUAUUGAACAAUGUAUAUGCAAUCAAUUCAUUGGCGGUAAUAUAUAUUUUAUUGUUUAUGACAAAUUUAUAUAAUAAAAAUUUCUUAC